AUGUCGAAGCCGGAAAUGGUGCGACACGGUGAGGCACAGAAAAGGCUCAAUGAGAAAUACCUAUGCGAAACGAUCGAUUCAGGUGACGAUGCGCCAGCAUUGCAACCGGAACAAGAAGCCGACGAUGGCAGCUGCGACGAUGGACCACCGGAUGGUGGCGACUGUGGAGCCUUUGAAACAGCUGGUGAAGGCAGUAGUCGUUUGUCUGAAUGUUAG